GGCUGGGAUUGGCGCCCUGUCACGUCACCCGGCUCCACGGCCGCCCGGAAGAUCGGACCGCGGCGCUCGGGCUGACACGGGCGGCCGUGACGUAAUUCUCGAUGGACAGAGAUCCGUCACCGAGGAAAAUGGCUGAUGAGGACGAUGAGCCGGCGUUUGAUGAAGAUGUGGAGGAGAGUGGAAGUGGUGCUGAAGGUGGACAAGGCAGAAGAAAAAGAUUAUUUUCAAAGGAAUUGAGAUGUAUGAUGUAUGGCUUUGGAGAUGACCAGAAUCCUUAUACUGAAUCAGUGGACAUCCUGGAAGACCUUGUCAUAGAAUUUAUCACUGAAAUGACACACAAGGCCAUGUCAAUAGGACGUCAGGGGCGAGUUCAAGUAGAAGAUAUUGUCUUUCUCAUUCGUAAAGAUCCCAGGAAGUUUGCAAGAGUGAAAGACUUGCUGACAAUGAAUGAAGAAUUGAAACGUGCUCGGAAAGCUUUUGAUGAAGCUAAUUAUGGCUCUUAGUUUCAGAAGGUUACAUGUCACGGAGUAAAUGGUAACUUAGAAAUACUUGCCUUUAAAACAUUUACUUAAAGCACAAAGUUCCACUCUGGGUCCCGUUGCAAGUAGUCUAUGGUAGGAUAAGAUGUAAUGAUAAUUUGUUCAGAUGGAGCAGUAAAAUUUGGCUGUGUCCAGCAGAGAGAGAUGCAGAUUUCUUUCCUUUUGUCUUCACAAUGUAAACAUUGUUAUUGGCUGAGGAACUGAAUGGAGCAAUUCUUGUAGGCUGUCUUUAAAAGAUUUAUGUAUAUAUCAGGAAAAAUAUAUAGCACAGUAACUGUAAAUUGUCCUGUUUGCUGUAGUAACUGUUACUGAAAUUUGAUGCUAAUGAAAAACAGAUAGUGAAGUGGAAUUGGAGGGCAAGAAGUAAUUGAACCAGUAAUAUACUCUACCCAUUUUAAAGUGAUAAAAUAAUGUCCAUACUAACUUAUAAUAGGAAAAUAUUAUGUAUGUAUUUUGCAACAGAAAGUGACAACAAUACUUAUCUUGCAGUCAUUACGCCCUCCUGCAACUGAUUUAAGGGGUAAGGUGCAAAGAUAGUUUAACUAUUUUAUGUAUAAUAUUUCCAUUAUGUUGAUAUUUCAAUGCAUAAUGUUGACAGAAAGUAUGCAUUAGCAGUAUUUGUAUAAAGGCAUAAAUUAAAAUAUUGCAAGGCACUUUAUUGGAGCAUUACAUCAAAUUAUGAGUACCUUGAUUAUAUUUUAGCGGCUACAUACUUAAUUUGGCUCUAGGUAUUGGAAUGAAAAUAUUUUAUUCAAAUUUGGGAGCCUCUCUAAGUCACAUAUAGUUAUUAUUAUUUCCAUGAAUAAUAUUGAAAUAAAAACAUACAAAAUACUGUGCAUAUUAUAGUUUAUUACAAUUGUGUGACCUGUAAUUUUUCACUAACCAUAAAAUGUACAAUGUCAUUUAGAAUUUUACAUUUGAUAAAGUCUCAUUUCAAUACUUGAGUAUCUUCAUUUUGGCACCAUCAUAAUCGAGGCAGAUUGUGCAAGAGGUUUCCAUUUGGUUUGAUGGCAAAAUUAAUAUUGCCCAAGACUCCUACCCAGUAUUUCAAUGGAAUAUAUGAAAAUGUGCCUUUUUAAAGUACCCUGCUAUUUUCCUCAUAGCAGACUUUUAAUUAACUUGGAUACAAUAAAAUUUAAUUCAGUUUUAUCAUCAUUAUUCCAUUAAUCCUCAAGAACAGAAUUUCACUGAACUGCUGCAGAUGAUGAAUUAGAUGCAAGUUGCUGAUAGUACUAUCUGAUUGCUUAUUUAGAAUAUCAGUGAAGCCACAUUAAAAUAAACAUGGAGCUGCAUGACUAUAAAUUACAUUUUUUAGUCUUUUUGAUGUUCAUCGAGUAAUAAUUUUUUAAUGAUUCCCAUGCCAUGUUCAUUAUC